AUGACACGUGUUGAUGAUAUCUCUAAUGCUACUGAAGAUGGUAAGGUCCAAGUUCAUAACGAAUACCCAGAAACUAGCCAACAAUCAACACAACCUCCAUCAUCGGAACAAAUUUUUGUUCCGGAGCAACAAGAAGGUAUUACAGUGCAUGCGCAAGCUGCACCAGGCCUACCACAAAUUGUUAUACAACCACAGUUUUUUAUACAACCACCAGUAGUAUAUGCUCCACAACCACAGCCACCGCCACAUCCACCAAUAGUAUAUGCCCCACAACCACCGCCACCACCACAACCACCAGUAGCAUAUGCCCCACAACUACCAUUGCCAAAUCGGUUGGGUUGGACGACAGGACUGUUUGACUGUAUGGAUGAUCCUGAAAAUGCUAUCAUUACACUGUUUUGUCCAUGUGUGACAUUCGGACAACUUGCAGCAACCAUCGACAAUGGUGGAACGUCUUGCGAAAUGAGUGGCUUGAUUUAUACAGUAGUGGCGUUGAUUAUUGGAAUGCCAUGUAUUGUUUCAUGCAAUUAUCGGACCAAACUAAGAGGCCGAUUUGGACUCAUGGAAGAGCCUGCAUCUGACUGCCUAACUCACUUGUGUUGCGAAUAUUGUGCACUUUGUCAAGAAUAUAGGGAGCUCAAUCAUCGAGGUUUCAAUCCUUCGGCUGGUAAGUCUAUUGCGGUCUAG